CUUAUAAUGUGUCGAUUACUUGCUAUGUGAUUAAUUUCAUUUCCCGCGCAUUUUUUUGUCAAAUGUUUUAGUGCGUUAAAUAUUAACCGAAAACUUGCAAAAUUUUAAAUAAUACUAAUACAAUAGGUAAUAAACGAAUAAUCAAUCAACUGGGUUGUCCUUACAAGAUAAAGGUGUAUAUAAAUUGAGUAAAUUGUUUGUUAAAUAGCUGUUGGACAUUCGAGUGAACUGAGAUUAUAAUGGUUGGAAAGAUGAAUAAGUUGUACGUUUUAAAAAGAGGCGGUAGAAUGGAGGAAGUUCACAUUGAUAAAAUCACAUCGAGAAUCAAAAAGCUUUGUUAUGGAUUAAACAUGGAUUUUGUAGAUCCAGUAUCUAUAACACUAAAGGUCAUAAGUGGCAUCUAUUCGGGGGUUACAACUGUGGAACUGGACAAUCUUGCUGCUGAAACAGCUGCAACAAUGACGACUAAACAUCCUGAUUAUGCAAUAUUAGCAGCAAGAUUGGCCAUAUCUAAUUUACACAAGGAAACUAAGAAACAAUUUUCAGAUGUGAUUACAGAUUUGUAUAAUAUUGUUAAUCCGCAUACUAAUAAAAGAGCACCGAUGAUUUCCGAUUAUCAUUACAAUGUAGUUAUGAAACACAAAGAGAGACUGGACUCUGCCAUUGUCUAUGACAGAGACUUUAAAUAUAACUACUUUGGAUUCAAGACUCUAGAAAGAUCAUACCUGUUAAAAAUAAACAACAAGGUUGCGGAAAGGCCUCAACAUAUGCUCAUGCGUGUUGCGAUAGGUAUACAUGGCGAAGAUAUAGAUGAUGCGAUUCACACCUAUAACUUGUUGUCGGAGAAAUAUUUCACGCAUGCGAGUCCUACUCUCUUUUCGGCUGCUACACCUCGCCCUCAGUUGUCAUCUUGUUUCCUUGUCGCUAUGAAAGAUGAUAGCAUUGAAGGCAUAUAUGACACUUUAAAGCAGUGUGCUCUUAUUUCUAAAUCGGCUGGAGGUAUUGGAGUGCACGUGCAUUGUAUCAGAGCCAAAGGCACCUACAUUGCAGGAACUAAUGGCGUCUCAAAUGGCCUUGUUCCCAUGUUGCGUGUUUAUAACAAUACAGCUAGAUAUGUUGAUCAAGGUGGAAAUAAACGGCCUGGUGCUUUUGCUAUAUAUUUAGAGCCUUGGCACUCUGACAUUUUUGAAUUUCUAGAUCUGAAGAAGAAUCAUGGAAAGGAAGAAGUGAGGGCUAGGGAACUCUUUUAUGCUUUAUGGAUACCCGAUCUGUUUAUGAAAAGAGUAGAAAAGAAUGAAAAUUGGAGUUUGAUGUGUCCUCAUGAUUGUCCUGGUUUAGCAGAUUGCUGGGGAGAAGAGUUUGAGGCUCUAUAUGAAAAAUAUGAGGGAGAAAAUCGUUAUGUAAAACAAGUGAAAGCACAGGUCUUAUGGAAAGCUAUAAUAGAAGCACAGGUAGAAACUGGAACACCAUAUAUGCUGUAUAAAGAUGCUUGCAAUAGAAAAAGUAAUCAACAAAACUUGGGAACAAUAAAAUGUAGCAACCUUUGUACGGAAAUUGUAGAGUAUACAUCAGCAGAUGAAAUUGCAGUUUGUAAUUUGGCAUCAAUUGCUUUGAACAUGUUUGUAAAUGAUGAUAAAACUUAUAAUUUUACUAAACUCAAAGAAGUCACUAAGACAGUUACUCGGAAUUUGAAUAAAAUAAUUGAUGUUAACUUUUAUCCAGUUGUAGAAGCUAAAAACUCAAAUAUGAGGCAUAGACCUAUCGGAAUUGGUGUGCAAGGGUUAGCAGAUACAUUUGUUAUAAUGCGGAUACCAUAUGAAAGUGAAGCUGCCAUUAAACUAAAUCAACAAAUAUUUGAGACAAUCUAUUACGGAGCUUUAGAGGCAAGUUGUGAAUUGGCUGAAAAAUUUGGUGUUUAUGAAACUUAUGCGGGUUGUCCUGCAAGUCGAGGUAUAUUGCAAUACGAUAUGUGGAAUAAAACCCCUACAGAUCUCUGGGACUGGGCAGUUUUAAAAGAAAACAUUGCUAAACAUGGUCUACGAAAUUCUUUAUUGAUAGCACCCAUGCCUACUGCUUCAACAGCUCAAAUUCUUGGUAACAAUGAAUCAUUUGAACCAUUUACAUCAAAUAUUUACCAAAGAAGAGUUUUGUCAGGUGAAUUUCAAGUGGUUAAUCAUCACUUGUUAAACGAUUUGACAGAAGCAGAGUUGUGGGAUGAAGAUAUGAAGAAUCUCAUUAUUCACAAUAAUGGUUCUAUUCAAAAUAUUGAAACAAUUCCCAAGGAUUUAAGAGAUUUGUACAAAACUGUAUGGGAGAUUUCUGUGAAAACUACUAUACAAAUGGCUGCAGACAGAGGUGCAUUUAUAGAUCAAAGUCAGUCAUUCAACAUUCACGUUGCUGAGCCAAACUAUGGAAAAUUAACAUCUAUUCAUUUUUAUGCAUGGAAAAUGGGUUUAAAAACUGGAAUGUAUUAUCUACGUACGAAACCGGCUGCUAAUGCUAUCCAAUUUACAGUAGAUAAGUCGAAAGUUCGCAACAAAGUUACAAAUGGCAAUUCUGACACAUAUGAUGCUAACAUGGCAGCCAUUACAUGUUCUUUGCAAAACAAAGACGAAUGUUUAAGUUGUGGAUCUUAAGCAGUGUCCUUUGCAAAUAUAUUUUAAUUAGAAUUCCUCCAAAACUUCUUACAAAAUUGAGAUAUAAUUGCCUAAUAAUUUUAUCAGACAAAAUCACAAACAUGUUAGCUAGGAUGUAUGAAUAAUGUUUUUUUUUUAUAGGUGAUAAUGAAAUAGUAACCCCACCCGCGCUAUCGGUAUACACCGGCGGGGCACCAGUGACGGAUGAUAGAUGAGAAUGAAACAGGUCAGUUAGCUCAUCGUGACGAAUUCAACGAGAAUUGUUCACGAUGGUUUCCAGGGGGAACCACGUGAAGGUUGACCUGAUAUUGCUAGCAAUGGGGCUGUCAAACUCCAUUGCUAACAAUCCCCCUCCCCAUGUAUGAAUAAUUUUGGCUAGGAUGUUUCAAACACAAUUGUAUGAUUGUUAUUGAAUAAGUAAAUAUGAAUAUAACCUGAUGCAGUCUUGUGAAAAAAAGCUGGCAAAUGUGCUGGUUUUUUUUAUUAUUUUUUUACCAGGAACUUAAUACAAGAAUAUGUACUUAGCCAUGUAAUUGAUUAGUAUGCAAGCAUUUUCAAGUAGUAUAAAUAUAAAAUUUGUCAUUUUAUUUUAGACCUUGUACAAAAGUCGAUUGCUUGGGUACCUCUGUCCCAUUCGUGUUUCAACCGUGAAGCAGUUGUGUUUGCAUGGCUGUGUUUCGGUUUGAAGGGUGGGAUAUGGCGUGAAUUUACUGGGUACAGAGGAAUAACACCUGAGUCCUCAGGAAUGGCAACGCAUGGGGGGUAUCAUGGACGAAACGGUAUACUCUGUUAUGUCCAUGGUACUGCUCAUGUCUAUAGGCGACGGUUACCACUUUCCAUCAGGUAGACCGUCAGCUUGUUUGCCAUUCUAAGUGGUAUAAAAAAAAAUCUUAUUUUGAUGCAGUGUUUUAUGCUCCUUACAGCGGAAUGUAUCAAAUUUAUAAUAAUUUUGACAGUUAACAGUUACACUAACCAGUAAUUUAGACGAUAACCGACUAACCUAUCUAAUUUUAUGUACAUCAUCGAAAAGUAAAAGUUUUACUGUUGUAAUAAUAGCAUGGUAAUAAUUUGUUCUCACGAUACUAGUGUUUAUAAUAAAAAUAUAGCCUGUGAUAAAAAUAUGCCUGAUAUCACUAUAUAAAUAUAAUUAUAUCUAUAUAAAAAUAUUGUUGGUGUAGAUAAAGUAAAUAUUCGUAUUAUCAUGCUAUUAUCAUUACCGCGGCGUAAUCACAUUUUUUUAAAAUUCAUAUAGAAGAACAAGACUAAAAAAUUAAUCACAAAAUAUACAGAUAUAAUUGUGUAAACUCGAAAAAUAAAUUAUAAAUAAUUACAAGUAAAAUUUUCUUUAUAUAUUACAAGUAAUAGAUUUUCUUUGAGGCAAAUUUAACAAUGUGACUGUAGCCAAAAAUUAUCUGUUAAAUGUUAACUGUCAAAGUUAAAACAUCACAAUUUUUAUUUUAGCUAUUAAUUUAUCCGGUGGUAACUGAUUUAACAGUUUGUUGCACAUGGCUGGUAGUUUCAAUUGUAUAUUUAGCUAUAAUUUAAUAUGUAAGUUACAAUAAAAUUACAAUAUAAUAAUAAAUGACGCUACUAUAUAUAUAUAUAUAUAUAUGCCGCUGGUGUUGUGGGUGACCAUGGGCGGCGGUAGUUACUUACCAUCAGGUGAGUCGCAUGUUCGUUUGCCAC